AUGCUGGGAGAAUCUGAGGACAUUCUUCUGUCCUCCGAUAGUGUGGUAUCCAGACAAGAUAUUCAAAAGCUAGUGGAAAAUGCCUUUACAGCUGAAGAUAGAUCUCGGGUUAUCACUUACAUAUCAACCUUAGCUAAUGAGAGUUUGGAGGCUGCUCUUCCGUCCCUCUGCGUUCUAGCAGAGAAUGUAUCCAAAAUAGAUCGUUUGCUACUACUUGAUAUAUGUUAUAUGGUACUAUUCGAUCCACUCUCCAAUCGAGGAGCUCGCAAAGCAUGUAUUUCAUGUUUGAAAGAAUUGACAGGAGUAGAUAAAGCUUAUAAUGAUUACUACAUUCUACUCGAGAGUUUAGAAGAGCCUCAAUUCCAUCUUAUCAAGCCCAUUUUGGGACGCUGGGAUUCUCUACUCAUAAGCGUUAGAGAAGGAAGCUUGAGUUGGCGUUUAGCAUCAAUUAUUUUAGUUAGAAGUUUACAUCAUACGAAUGGAUGGAUCAGAGUUUGGGGUUUAGAGAGGGCUAUUGAGGUAGACAGUGAAAUUCUUGUCAAUGAUCUCAAAUUUCUGUUAGGAACUGUUUUCCACCAUUUGAAUUAUAUUGACACGUUAUGGAGAUUAUUGGAGAGGAAGAAGCUCUCCAGCUUCAACGAAACUUUGGGGAAACUGUUAUCGUCUAUCUAUUCUUCACAAAACGAAAUUGGAAAAGCAACUUUCGUUCGAGAAUUGGCGACGGCCCUGAAUUCUUUGUCAUGUCCUCAAACCUUCUACUACAUCUCUUCCAUUGUGGCUGAAAUUGAAUGGGAGGCUGUUUUGAAUUACGAAGAUUUACCUUUGAUAAGAUCUGUUAUGAAUAAAUCGCAUUAUAUCGCAAUGCUUUCUCUACGAAUAAUAACGGAGUUUUUGCUGUUGAAAUUCUUUGUGAAAGCCACCAAAUGGGAAGCGCAGACGAAGUUAGACUUUGGGGUUAUUGCUGCUAUUCUGGGCAGAGACAGUCGCACGGCUUUUCAAGAGUUGAGCGUAUUAUUGAUAGAAUCAUGGAAAGCACUGGAUUAUGACCCAAACGUUCCGCUACAAUAUGUGCUGUCGAAAAACAUAGAAGACGAUGACGAUUGUUUUUCUCUUCUAUGGAUUGAUGCAAUAGCCAAUGGUAAAACGUCCUAUUUACUUUCUCUGAUUUCUUUGGAAAUCUCUGAGCGUUUGAGUAUGACGAUACCGGAUCCCAGUGUUGACAACCUGAUCAACCUUCUUGUGAACAUACCGUCAAGCUCUUCUGAAUAUCUACCUCAGGAUAAUGAACUCCAGUUAGAGAAAGAAGUGGAUAAGACUCUGAUUGCUUCCAUCAAUGGUUAUAUUCUCAUGAGACUAACUGUUGCUGAAGGAAAGAACUCAGACUUCCUAACUCUCAAGAAGGUUUACAUUCCAUUCCUCAAACGUUUCUCUCCAUGGACUUUGGAUAUGUUUGUUAGCGCUCUCCAUCUUGCUAACAAUGAGGAGGCUAGUAUUAGUUCUGAGAGAACAGCUAUGCUCCUUGUCAUAUUUGACUCAUUCUUGGAUGAGGCCUCUUCAAACGAUGAGCCGACUUAUGCGCUCAUCAAGAAGUAUGUUGGGAAAAGUUUCUUACUUGGUCCUCGAAUGAGACGCAGUCAAACGUCGGGUUUGAACCCUAAGGAGUUUAAUCAAAUAGUCGCUUGGACCCAUUCAGCUUCUCUCAAACUAUAUCAAAGAUUUGAAAAACUCAUCAAGCCUAAUGCAACAGAGACUGUUGAAGAAGCUAUAGAUGUUCUGGACGCUGCUGCUUCAUAUGAAGUCAAGCAUCAGCUACUCGAUAUCAUCGCAAAGAACAUUCAUGAGGUGAAAGAUUCGGAUCUGCUCAUAAAAGCAAUAAGAUGUGCUGCUCAAAUAGUGAACGAGGAGAAGAAAUCACAAAAUUGUUUGCCCGCUAUGGCCAUGGUUUUCAAAAUUGCAAUUAGAGAAAAUGUUUUGAACGACGAGAAAGCUAAAGCUGCUGUUUUCGAAAUCUGUCUGCAUUACAUUGAGCUGGCAAGUCUCAGUACCUCUGUUGCACUUGUAUUGGCCAAUGCCUUAAAUGAAUACAAAGCCGGUCUCACCCCCGAUUGGGCUCCAAUCUUAGUGAAGUUGGCUAUGUUCGGACCCGUUCCUCGCAAGGACACUAAAACCAUAAAUGACUCUUAUUCUCAAAUAUAUAAACAUACCAAUUACAAAUUCCUGCCCACAACAACUUUCGAAAGGCUUCAUGAGAUCGCACAGAGAGUACGAUUACAAGCUCUGCUUAUAUCCCUCCGUUUCGCUGAGAAGAGUGAGGCAUUCGCUAUAGCGAUUUGCCAAGCAAUCAUCAAAGAAUCAAACAUACUUGAUACAAAUGCUUCCAGAUCUUUCGGUAUGUCUCUUCCACAUAGACAGAAGACCAGAGCUUCAGCAUUACUUAUAUUCUGCAUAGAACAUAUUCAAAAUAAUGAUACUUUGCAAGAUGUUCUGAACUUCUGCAUCAAUGGUAUAACUGAUCCUUGUCAACAGUUCUCUAUAAAGCUAUUGAUUGAAUGGACUCUCGCCCGUCUUUGCUUGAGAUCUCCCCAAGUAGAAGAACAGUUCCUAAACUCAAACAAGAAAAUAGCGAAAGAAAGAAUCGGAAGCAUUUCUUCAUGGAUUAAUGUUCUUGUUCAUACAUACAGGGCCAAACAGAAUAACUCCUUUGCUCAGAUUAUCAACUUGAUCCUUCCAUGGACGACAGCCCAGAACUUCGGAGUCCGAUGUACAGCCAUAGCUGCCUCUACGCUGAUGUACAAAUCAUUGAACCAGGAUGAGAAAGCCAAGUGGCCAACAGUACAAGGUAUCAUAGAGUUUGAUCUCGAACCAUCAGGCAAUUCGAAACGCAUAAUCGAAUCCUUGUUGGAAGACUUCUACUUCGCUCAUAUGAAUGUUCAAAAUCAUUUCGAUUUCCGUUCCGUGUUAGUUGACAUUCCCAGUAAGACGGGCCUUCCUGCCGAUGACACAAUACCCGAUGAUUUGAUACUGGAACUGAAUGAUUCAUCAGUAACGUCUCAAAACGAUGACAAGAUCUUCCAAGAUGCUCCAAGUAUUGUAUACAAUGGUCUGAGUAAGAACAGCAGUUGUGCCCCGGAAAUGGAAAUGAAUGAGCUGGAAGAAGAGUCUGAAAGUUCCGUACAAUCCUCAGACAAUGCAUUACAACGUAAAAUUGAUACAACUGGCCGAGUCAAAAAGACCGACUGUUCAAUGAUUGUCGUUGCGAGUCUUAUUGAUAAACCAAAUAAUCUGGGAGGAUUAUGUAGAACUUCUGAAAUCUUCGGAGUUGAUACACUAGUUAUAUCCGACAAGCUCCUUCUGCAGGAUGCUGGGUUUAAAGCUUUGAGCAUGGCGAGUGAGAACUGGCAGAAUAUAGAUGCUAAAAAGCCACAAGAUCUGUUAUCGUAUUUACAAGAACUUCGCAACAACGGUUACACAGUCAUAGCUGCAGAACAAACUGUAGAUAGCGUCCCAUUACAUAAAUUUGAAUUUCCCAAAAAGUGCGCGUUGCUGAUGGGAGAUGAACGUAAGGGUGUCCCAACCAACCUUCUGCAAUGUGUUGACCGAACAGUGGAAAUUGAGCAGUUAGGACAAACUCGAAGUUUGAAUGUGCACGUUACUGCAUCUCUUUUUAUCUCAAAAUAUGUAGAGCAAGUUAUAUUAGAGUAA